GGUGAGGGAGGAGGCUAUAUUUAUGUCUAUGUCCGAGGCUGGGAGCCUGCUCACCAUGGACACUGUCGGGUACAGCAAGUGGGAUGGCAGGCCCAAGGAGGCGUCCGGAGGGUACUGGGGAUGCUGGGGACGGCGACUCCUCUUCCUGGCCCUGGCUCUCCUGGUCAUCAUAGCCCUGUGGGCCCUCAUUCUGAGCGUCCUACUUUCCAAGGCCUCCACUCAGCGCGGGGCGCUGCUCGGCGGCCAGGACCUGUUGAAAGCAAACGCCUCGAAGCAGACGGCGGCGCUGGGAGCCUUGAAGGAGGAGAUUGGAGUCUGCAAUAGCUGCUGCCUUAGGACAGAGGCGCAACUGCAGACCGCGCGCAAGGAGUUUACGGAGGCGCAAGUGAAGCUGAUCCAGCAAGAGAGCUCCCUGAAAGAACUGAGCGAGCGCGUGACCCAGAGCUUGGCUGAAGCGGGCAGGGACCGCGAGGGCAUCCGCAGCGAGUUGUACCGGGCGUUGGCGGCCGCACGAUUUGGGAACAGCUCCUGCGAGCAGUGCCCCACGGGGUGGCUGCCCUUCCAGGGCUCCUGCUACUUUUUCUCUGCGCUGCGGGCCAAGUGGGUAGACGCGCAGCGCAACUGCUCCGGCGAGAGUGCGCACCUGGUGAUUGUCGGGGGACUGGAGGAGCAGGACUUCCUGAGUCGGAAUACCGGACACAGCGGUUACUGGCUGGGCCUGAGGGCGGUGCGCCGCCAGAGGAAGAUCCAGGGCUACCAGUGGGUGGACGGAGUCCGGCUCAGCUUCAGCUGGAACGUGGGAGAGCCCAAUGACUCUCAGGGGCGCGAGGACUGUGUCAUGAUGCUACACAACGGCUUAUGGAACGAUGCACCGUGCGACAGCACCAGAGACAACUGGAUCUGCGAGAAGAGGUUCAGCUGCUGAGCCCGCCCAGUGCCCCAAGCCACGCCCACCGCCACAAGUGUGAUCCUGCGCGGCUCACCCUCCUGGCUCCGCCCACCGCCAUCGGAUUUUUUUUUUUUCUCUCCCUCCCCACCUACCACUACUGAGAACUCUGGGACCUUCUCUCCAACCUCACCACAAACCCCUCCCACGUGGACCUAACUUAGCCUCUACCCCUUCCAAAAUCCUGGUUCCUGGGACCUGUGAUCUGACCCCACCUCCCUCCCUAGCCAAGAUCAGGGGAUUCCGAGAUGGAGCUGUUUGGUUUUCUUGCAUUUCUUUCCCCAGACUGGAAGGACUUAAGGGUUUUGUGAACUGUCCUCGACGCCCUAGGAAGCAUCAAUAAAUGUGUGAGAAGUGAAUCUGGGCUCCUGG